GCAGCAGCAGCAGCAGCUCGGUCGUGGGGAGAGUUUCAUUCAGCGCGUGGAGGGAGCUCCCCGCGCGCCGGGCGGGACGGCCUUAGCGGGCUGCGCUGCUCCCGCGCCCCCUCAGCGGUUUCGCCGCCUCGUCUCCCCUUUCCACGGGAACUGGCGUCGCCUGGCGCGGGGCUUGUUAUCUCUGAGGAGAGGCACGGCAGAUCACUGCUUGUAGUGGAGCACAAAGGAACCGCAGAGACUUCCACGUCCUUCAUUGAGAAGAAAGAAGCCAGCAGAGCAGGAUUAAUACAGGCUUGUUUCUGGUGGUCUUCUUGUACAAAGGCUGCCUUCAAGGGGGCGGGGGGGGGGAGAAGGAAGAAAGAAACACCGUGCUUAUUUAAUGAGCUGUGAAAUGAAGCGCUGCUGCUGCUGCUGCUGCUAACCUCCCAAUUCCUAGAUUCAUCUGCUAUUCGUUGUGCUUAAUAUACAUGUUUCUGCACUGUGCAUUUAGAAGAUCCCAGAAAGGAAUUCAAAACGGCUGCCGGGGAAAGACCACCAAACAUGCCUACAGAAACACUACAGACAGGUAGCAUGGUGAAACCUGUCAGCCCCGCCAUCACUUUCACUUCAGCCGUUCCACUCCGCAUUCUAAACAAAGGACCUGACUAUUUUCGCAGGCAAGCAGAGCCUAACCCAAAAAGACUUAGUGCCGUGGAGAGGCUGGAAGCUGACAAGGCAAAAUAUGUUAAGAGCCAAGAGGUCAUCAACGCCAAACAAGAGCCUGUGAAACCAGCAGUGCUUCCCAAGCCACCAGUGUGUCCUGCAGCCAAGCGAGCUUUGGGCAGCCCUACCUUGAAAGUGUUUAGCAACAAUGCAAAGACUGAGAGUGGUGUCCAAAGGGAGAAUCUGAAGCUGGAGAUUUUGAAAAACAUAAUCAAUAGCUCAGAGGGCUCUAGUUCAGGUUCGGGUCACAAAUAUAGUUCACGAAACUGGCCUCCCCACAAAUCCGAUUCAGGAGACCUUAACCGGCAUUCGUUUGCAGAAUCCUUAAAGGUUUACCCCACCCAAGGCCGUAGCAGUCCUCAAGAAAGCAACUCCAAUGUGGGUAGAAGGCUAUUGGGACAGUCGCCAGAAUCAUUCUUGCACGUUUCCCAUAGCUCAUCAGACAUUAGGAAAGUAUCUAGUGGCAAAACCUUAAAAGCAAUACCGUGCAGUAGUUCAGCUCCACCACUCCCUCCCAAACCCAAAAUUGCUGCCAUCACCACGCUGAAAUCGCCAGAGAUGGACACAGUAGAAUCCAGCUGUGGAGUCAGUAGAAGACCUUCUCUACAGCGAUCAAAGUCAGACUUAAGUGACAGAUACUUUCGAGUUGAUGCAGAUGUUGAAAGAUUCUUUAACUACUGUGGACUGGAUCCUGAAGAACUUGAAAAUCUUGGGAUGGAAAAUUUUGCAAGGGCUAACUCUGAUAUUAUCUCUCUCAAUUUUCGCAGUGCAAGUAUGAUCAGUUCAGACUGUGAACAGUCUCAGGACAGCAACAGUGACCUUAGAAACGAUGAUAGUGCCAAUGACCGCGUGCCAUAUGGCAUUUCUGCAAUCGAAAGAAAUGCCAGAAUCAUCAAGUGGUUAUACAGCAUCAAGCAAGCUAGAGAGUCACAGAAAGUGUCCCAUGUGUGAGUUGGAUCCGCAGGGGGGCAAAGAGGGACUGUAUCUUUGUGAAUAUUGUGAAGGGUUGUGAAGUCUACUUGAAGUCUUAAUACACUUCUCAGAUCUCU